AUGAGUAAAAGACCGUGGAAAAAUUCAAAGAUGGAGGAAAAGUAUUGCAUUUAUGAAAAAAUCGGAGUUCUGUUUGAUGAGCUGACAGACGUACUUAGUGACAAUUUUCGUUUCUUUCGUUCAAGAAAAAAGCCUAUUGAUGUACAAUAUGCUGAGACAUUUGAAAGAAUUAUGAAUGUCACAGAGCCAAUGAAAGUAGCCUUGAGUGAACUUGCCAAAGUCUGUACACAUUUUGAUAUUGAUGAGGAAACGAAAGGCAAUGGUUUCAGGAGUUUAAUAGUCAUCACAGAAAAGUGCUUGUUCAAAAUCCUAGAACUUGGAAUUUAUAUUCAGAAAAGCAGAGACCGUUUCUUUUUUCGUUCUUAUCAUAACUAUAUGGAAAUUGAGUCAUAUUCUCAAGUUGUUUCCCGGCUUUUUACAGUGAUUCAAGUAGCUCUAAGUCUUGGAACCAUUCUAGACCAAGAUUCAUUGUUUGCUGAUGAAGAGAGGUACCCAGAUGAAGUUGAUGGUCUAAUGAGUGAUUUUGAAACAAUCAGUCGAGAAUGCUUUUAUGGUAGAAGUUUUGGCUUUCAGUUUAGUCCUGCACUGCAGCAAAGUUUGAAUGUUGUUGCUGUUGCUCUUGCUGCAUACGGUGAUGGUUUCAAACGUCAUAAUGGAGAAACUGCACGAGCUCUUUCAUCAGUACUUCAUAGUGGAAAGUAUGUUGUGGAUCCUGAAUUACGUGCAAAAAGAAUUGUUGAGCUUACACAGCAUGUAAGCAUGCCGUUUUGCAAGUCUUUCUGGUCAUUGACUGAAAAUCAUGGUAUUCAGCAUGUGCCAAUGUUGAUAUGUCCAAGUCUGUCAAUAAACAAGGAACUGAAGAUCAAAGUUGAACCGUUGGUUGUUGAUACCUUGAAUGGGAAAAAAGUUAUCAACCCACCGUUUCAAAGCAAAGGACAAAAAAUAAUACACGCAAGGCUAUUAUCAUAUUCACUGAGAGAGGGACAGGGAAAACAAGGGAGCAGCGAGAACAUGUCAGAAUCGCAUGGAAGAAAAAUGCAUGGCCUGUCUCAGAACUUGCUUCUCCACUGUCAUGGUGGAGGAUUUGUAGCACAGUCAUCAAAGUCUCACGAGAUUUACCUACGAAAUUGGGCAAAAGAGCUUCAGUGUCCCAUCUUAUCAAUAGAUUACUCAUUGUCUCCUGAUGCAACGUACCCGGAAGCUCUUAACGAGUGUUUCUACGUGUAUAACUGGGCCAUUCUCAAUUGCAAGUCGUUAGGAUGGACAGCUGAACGUAUUUGUUUUGCGGGGGACUCUGCAGGAGGUAAUCUUAUGGUUGCUUUGGCAUUGAAACUAAUCGAAGAAGGUAUGAAUUUACCUAAUGGUCUCGUUAUCGCAUACCCUCCCUUGCGUGUUCAGUAUGCUCCUUCGCCAUCGAGGAUGCUUGCAUUAAUGGAUCCGCUGCUCCCACCAGGAAUAUUGAAAGUAUGUCUUCGUGCUUACGCUGGAAAUGUUGAUGACGAAGUCGAGGAGACUGGUAGUACAACUUCUCUGCGAACAGCUAGGUUUGAUGAUGCGUACAAUCCAUUUGAUCUUGAUUUUGGGGAAGCAGCGGUUAUGGCAAAACAUAGACACUGGAGUGACGUUGUCGGACGUAGGUCGCUGUCGGAUUCCAAUCUUGCGUCAAGUGACCACUACUGCGUUUCGCGACCUCUGGUUGGUUGCUUGAGGUGUCGGAAGACAAGCACUGAAGUGCCAAGAGCUAAUUCGAGACGAGGUAGUGAAAGUGAUAGCGAAGUGGAUGGGAUACAGAUGCAUCCAAUCGAGGCAAAUGUUACAGGGGAUACUCAGCGUAGGACCAAAAUUGUCCCCGUCAAAAGAAAACGAAUUCUGCCAACAUCUGUAAACGAAUUCCCUGAAACUGAUGAGUUAAAUCUAAACGAAGAGAGUGAAUCUAAGUCUGAAAUUUUUGAGCCUAAAGCUUCUGAGAAUCUUAAACUUGAACAUAAAGAAAAUGAAUCCAACGCGCUGUCGGGAGAAGAUAAACACCAUAAGGAAGAUCAUACUACCAAUGACACUAAUGACGUUGACAUUUUGAUUCGUCGUGAACGUCGAUCAAAGACAAUACCAAACCAUAGGCGAUCUCUCAGUGACAGUAUAACGGAGUCAUUCCAAAGGCUUAGGGCUAAUUCCGUAGAUUUCCAUAUUGAUGAUCCGUCAAUUAGACAGACAGAAGUGACUGCAGAGAGUAUUGUACGUACUCAGGCAUGUCUUGAGACUGAAUCUCAAGCAAAGAAAAAUGCGGACCUAGGUUUAACUGAUUGCCCUAGAGUAGAUAACAGUUCAAAAUCUGAUCAGAAAAGUAACAAUGACACUGUAUCUGACACUCGGCUUAGGGCGCUCUACAUUAAGGAAACAAGUGAGUGUGUAAUUGUCAGUAGGGAAAAUCUGGAAAAAGAUCCCGGUGGUUCAUUUGCAAGUGGCAGCAGCAUUGAAGUAGAAAAGUUUUACGAGAGAAAAAGUUCAAGCGAUUCUAUAUCAAGCUCAAUGAAGAAAAGAUGCAAAGAUCCUUUAAUGUCUCCAUUGCUUGCUUCAGACGAAGCUUUGAAGUUGCUGCCAAAAAUGAUCAUUGUGGCCUGCUCCCUGGACCCCCUUCUUGACGACUCUAUAGACUUCGUUCGCCGUCUUAAAAAGCUGCAGAAAGAUCCUGAACUUUUCAUUGUCGAUGAUUUACCACAUGGAUUUUUAAACUUAAAUUUUGCCUGCAAUGAGGCCAAAGAAGCCAGUGAUCUCAUCGCUGCAUGCAUCAAAAAGGUCCUUACUGUUGGAUUGAGACACGUGAACUCUUUGCCUUUAAGCCCGGAAGCUGCACAAGAGGAAGCUGAUAAGUAACAUAUCUUCUUCUUGAGUUCAAAUGUAGACUUGUUAAAAAUGUGUUUUAUGUAUAAGCGAGCUCUGUAUUCACUUGCUUCGAUAUUCAGUUCUGUUCCCCCUAACGUUAAAAAUGUCCUCGUAAUGUAAUGUAAAUUUGAUUCAUCUAUUUUACUUUUUCAAAACAAUACCAAUUUUUCUCUAAGCUUUCCCA